CCCACGAGGCGACGUUAUUGCAGUCUGCUGCAGGAGCGAUGGCGAACGGCCUGCUCGACGCGAUCAGCGCCUUAUGGUCCUCCUGGUCUCGCCACGUGUCGCGCGCCGCCAGGAAGCUCUCCUGGCGGAGCUCCGGCGUGCCCCCCUCCUACCACGGUGGCCGCCGCAAGAAGAGGGACGAGGGAGUACAGGAGAGCUGCUCCAUCGCGGUCGACAGUGCCGACGAGGACGACGGCGUGUGGCGGCGCACGAUUCUGAUGGGAGAGAAGUGCCAGCCGCUGGACUUCUCCGGCGUCAUCUACUACGACGUCGACGGCCGGAGGCUGUCGGAGGUGCCCACGCCGCGCUCGCCGAUGCGGAGCCCGCUGCCGUCCUUCGCUACGAGGAGUCCGGUUACCGCGGCCUAUUAACUAGCUAGCUCCGUUACUGCGCCGUCCUCUGUUUCGGCCUCUGUUUUUUCUUUCUUGCUCUCUCGUUUGAUUCCGAUCUGUUUUGUGAGUUUUUGUGUGAAUCUAAAUAAAUCCAAAGGAUUGAUGGUUUGAAUUUUGAUUGUUUAGUUGGCCUGUUAAUUUUUAUGAACUAUGAAAAUGUGC